CCUCACUUGAUCGUUGACGUAGUUCGCAAAACCAUCAAGCAUCAUGUCGGCAGCAGACCUUUUCGAGGAUGCGGCGCUGUAAAGGAAUUCGACCGUGGCGAAGCACGAAGUUCCAGCGCUCAAAGGACGGUAAGACGCACUUAGGUCGCUCUUGGUUGACUCCUACCGGAUUCGAAGCAGCCUAAAAGCACUCCCCUUAGAAUGUAUCGACAUCCUACCGAUGAAGGGGGACACUGGCGGCUUGUCAAACUACCCAAUCUGCAUGGGCGUGCCCCAUCUCCAGUUCGAGAGCAAACAACUCCGCCAGGAGCACCUCAUUCAAAAAGAACAAUCGAUGAAGGAGUUCUCACAGACAAGCACGGUCAACAGCGAGACUUCCGUGCUGUCUUUGAACAGCACGCCGUGGUUCCGCUGCAGGGCCAGGUGGAACAACACCUGACCGGAAAAGAGCCGAGCCAGAAGCUUCGUGGUGCUCUGCCCAAGUCCUGUUCGACUAGGCCAACAAGAGGUUGGAAUAGGCCAACAAGAGGUCGGGUGCGGCGAACAGAAGUACAAAUGAGGCCGAUGAGAGAGCAAAGAUUAUCAGUGCAUCUCGCCAGCGCCUUGGAGAUGCUGCAGCUGUCCAUUAUGCAAUCACCUGAAACUGCAUGCAGGAGGACCGGUGACCUAGAAACAAGAAACACCGAGCAAUCUGAGCGGCUGCGUACAAUCGCGGACCUCCAAUACGAGCUGGCACAGACGAAGGAGGAUUUGACCAAGCAUAAGCUCAAGCUUGAUGAAUGGUACAAGUGUGAUAAGAAAUUCGGAGACAUCUUCGAGUCGCUCACGUAGCAGCUCUCGAUCUGUCGCAAGGGUGACGCAGUCGACCGCGCUGUUGGCAUCCUGGUUUCGUUUCGAAUUUGAUAAUAGUAUUCCCAGCCUUGAUAGCAGACAUCAAUAAGCCACGAGAAGAUAUGACAACAUGCGUGAGCCUAAAAGGAGACGAUUGCGACAGUCAAAUCCGACACAGUCGAGCAUUUGCGGCGUUGGCUUCACGUUGAUUAGCAGGGCAGACUGACUCCAGCGGGCCAAACUCGGCGGUGGGCGCCAAGCCAGAUGUCAGCAGUGUGCAUGCCUUGGAAACGGCACAUGCCAAUGAGAUC